GUCCGUCCGGUAACUAAACAAACGGCGGCGACCCUAAAACUUGUUGAAUAACACAACAGUACCUUCAUACAAAAUGCUUCGCAGUUUAUUAGUGCCCAGAGCGACCAUCAGGUCUGCUUUCAGACAACAAUCCUCUCUUCCUAAGAUAGUUGCCCCUUCAGGAAUUGCAAACUUGUCGCGACGAGGAUAUGCCACUGAAGCUGAGGAGCAAGAUUUGGUUAUCAUCGGAGGUGGUGUUGCAGGAUAUGUUGCCGCUAUCAAAGCUGGUCAAGAGGGCAUGAAAGUAACAUGUAUAGAAAAACGUGGAACUCUUGGAGGAACAUGUUUGAACGUCGGUUGUAUUCCCUCGAAAGCUCUACUCAACAAUUCGCAUCUUUACCACCAAAUUUUACAUGACACCAAAGCUCGCGGUAUCGAAGUCGGAGAUGUCAAACUCAACUUGCAACAAAUGAUGCAGUCGAAAGACACUGCCGUCGCCGGACUUACAAAGGGUGUUGAAUUUUUGUUCAAGAAGAACAAUGUCAAAUACGUCAAGGGUACUGCUACAUUUACUGGCGAGCACGAGGUCAAAGUCAACCUUUCAGAGGGUGGAGAAGAGACUGUUGUUGGAAAGAACAUCCUUAUCGCUACUGGUAGCGAAGCUACACCAUUCCCAGGACUCGAGGUUGACGAGAAGAGAAUCAUCACCAGCACAGGAGCUAUCGCGCUGGAGAAGGUUCCAGAGAGCAUGGUUGUUAUUGGUGGGGGUAUUAUUGGUCUAGAGAUGAGCUCUGUCUGGUCAAGACUUGGUACGAAGGUUACCGUUGUUGAAUUCUUACCUCAAAUUGGUGGACCAGGAAUGGAUGCUGAAAUCGCAAAAUCAUCGCAAAAGAUCCUCAAGAAGCAAGGCAUUGACUUCAAGCUUAACACUAAGGUCAUGGGUGGUGAUGUUACUGGUGAGAAGGUCAAGCUUAGCCUUGAGGCUGCAAAGGGUGGCAAAGAAGAAACCAUUGACGCGGAUGUCGUGCUCGUUGCUAUUGGACGAAGACCAUACACCGCAGGUCUCGGAUUAGAGAACAUCGGUCUCGAGACCGACGACAAGGGAAGAUUGGUCAUCGACUCAGAAUACCGAACCAAGCUGCCUCACAUUCGAGUUGUUGGUGACUGCACCUUCGGACCUAUGCUUGCCCACAAGGCCGAGGAAGAGGCUGUUGCAGUCGUUGAGUACAUCAAGAAGGGAUACGGACACGUCAACUACGCAGCCAUCCCAUCUGUCAUGUACACCCAUCCAGAAGUCGCAUGGGUUGGCCAAAACGAACAGGAGCUCAAGGCUGCUGGCACCAAGUACAAGAUCGGCACAUUCCCAUUUUCAGCAAACUCAAGAGCGAAGACCAACUUGGACACUGAAGGUAUGGUAAAGAUGCUUGCCGAUGCUGAGACUGAUAGAAUCCUUGGUGUUCACAUCAUUGGACCAAAUGCUGGAGAGAUGAUUGCAGAAGCUACAUUGGCUAUCGAAUAUGGCGCAUCAAGUGAGGAUAUUGGACGCACGUGUCACGCACAUCCAACUUUGGCAGAGGCAUUUAAAGAGGCUGCUAUGGCUACCUACGGCAAGGCUGUUCAUUACUAGAAGAGGAUUAAACAUGGUGGUGGCGUGGUUUGAUAAUGAAUUGUGCGAGCAUAAAGCAUGAGCAUGAGACUGAAAUUUGUGAUUCGUGUAAGAUAUGGCUACAUAAAUCAUGUGCAGUACUCAUUGAUAACCUAUGAAACCCUAGAAUUUCUGAAUA